AUGCGUGAGAUCCUUCACAUCCAGGGUGGUCAGUGCGGUAACCAGAUCGGUGCCAAGUUCUGGGAAGUGGUUUGCGCCGAGCACGGCAUAGAUCCAACCGGUAGGUACGUCGGAGACUCAGAUCUGCAACUCGAGCGCAUCAACGUUUACUACAAUGAAGCUAGUUGCGGUAGAUUCGUCCCUCGUGCUGUACUCAUGGAUUUAGAGCCUGGAACCAUGGAUAGUCUCAGAUCUGGACCCUACGGUCAGACCUUCCGUCCUGAUAACUUCGUUUUCGGUCAGUCUGGUGCUGGUAACAACUGGGCUAAGGGACAUUACACUGAGGGAGCUGAACUCAUCGACUCCGUCCUCGAUGUUGUUCGUAAGGAGGCUGAGAACUGUGACUGUCUUCAAGGGUUUCAGGUUUGCCAUUCCUUGGGAGGAGGAACUGGAUCUGGUAUGGGAACACUUUUGAUUUCCAAGAUCCGUGAAGAGUACCCAGAUCGAAUGAUGCUUACUUUCUCAGUGUUCCCUUCGCCUAAGGUCUCUGACACUGUCGUUGAGCCUUACAACGCUACCUUGUCUGUUCAUCAGCUUGUUGAGAAUGCAGAUGAGUGCAUGGUUCUUGACAACGAGGCCUUGUACGAUAUUUGCUUCAGGACUCUCAAACUCACAACACCCAGCUUUGGUGACUUGAACCAUCUGAUAUCUGCGACAAUGUCUGGUGUCACAUGCUGUCUGAGGUUCCCUGGUCAGCUCAACUCUGACCUCCGUAAGCUUGCUGUGAAUCUUAUCCCAUUCCCUCGUCUUCACUUCUUCAUGGUGGGUUUUGCUCCUCUCACCUCAAGAGGGUCUCAGCAGUACCGUUCCCUCACGGUCCCUGAACUCACUCAGCAAAUGUGGGACUCCAAGAACAUGAUGUGUGCUGCUGACCCAAGACACGGUCGCUACCUCACAGCCUCUGCCAUGUUCCGAGGUAAGAUGAGCACAAAGGAAGUGGACGAGCAGAUGCUCAACGUGCAGAACAAGAACUCAUCCUACUUUGUAGAGUGGAUUCCCAACAACGUCAAGUCGACUGUCUGUGACAUCCCACCUACUGGUCUGAAGAUGGCUUCCACUUUCAUCGGUAACUCAACAUCGAUCCAAGAGAUGUUCAGGCGUGUGAGUGAGCAGUUCACGGCUAUGUUCAGGAGGAAGGCUUUCUUGCAUUGGUACACAGGUGAGGGAAUGGACGAGAUGGAGUUCACAGAAGCCGAGAGCAACAUGAACGAUUUGGUUUCAGAGUACCAGCAGUACCAGGAUGCAACCGCUGAUGAAGAAGGUGAUUACGAGGACGAGGAAGAAGGUGAAUACCAACAGCAGGAGGAGGAGUACUGA